GAAGAAUUUGUAAUGCUGGUGGAUGUAUGUAGGGUAUUGGGGUAGCAAUGGAGCAUCAUGUGACUUGCCUCAUCAACUCUCUUUGCCAUAUUUGGGGAAGCCGAACUUGGAAGACCAACGACACUUCUCGUAAUGUUUGGUGGCUAUCGGUAUUCUCGUUUGGGGAGAGCUGGCACAACAAUCACCAUGCCUUUGAGUCGUCGGCGAGACAAGGCCUAGAGUGGUGGCAAAUCGACAUCUCUUGGUACAUCGUCCGCUUUCUCGAAAUAAUCGGUUUGGCUACUGACGUGAAGCUGCCUUCAGAGAGUCAACGGCGUCGUAUGGCAUUGGUUCGUUGAAUGAGGAUAUUCGACUUAUCGUCUUUAUUAAGUAUCAUUUAAAUGUCUACGUACGUUUCAAGGUUUUGGUAAGGGUAACACUUGUAAUAUUGUGUUAUCCGGUGUUUGUUGUGUGUGGCCAUGUGGGAACCAAUUUGCUUAAUUACGUUCGUUUUCGUGAACUUCUAAUAUGCGUAAUGAAGUUUAUCACGUUUUCUAUUGUUUCUGUCA